AUGCUGCAGCAGAUGGAUCUGUACAGUAAUCAGAUUGCUCACGUGGAGCGCCGCAGCGCACGGCCAGCUCAGUAUCGAGCCCUUGAGCCAUUGCAGCUGUCUGAAAAGGUAACAAAGGCCCUGGAGAAGUGCUACACCAUUAAGCAGCUGUACUCGCACCAGUUCGAGGCCGUCGAAGCGAUCCUCCGCGGAGAGAAUGCCGUACUGUCGACUGCUACAGCGAGCGGCAAGUCGCUCGCGUUCAAUGUUCCGAUGCUGGAGAUGCUACUUGAAGACCCGAACGCAAGGUUUAUGUACUUGUUUCCGACCAAAGCGUUAGCCCAGGAUCAACUCAAGUCACUGAGACGGUUCAUGGGGGCUGCAGACCUCCCACUUCACCUCGGAGCGACAUUUGACGGAGACACGCCAAUGAAAAGCCGCUCAAUGGUCAUCCGCGAGACUCGCGCAUUCCUCACCAAUCCAGACAUGCUGCAUUUGACAAUCCUGCCACAACAUAAGCAGUGGAAGCACGUGCUUUCAAACCUCAGACUGCUGGUUGUUGACGAAGCGCACAUGUACCGAGGUGUGUUUGGGUCGCACGUUUCCUGCGUCUUCCGUCGACUAUUUCGCUUGUGUGCGCUCUACGGCUCCAACCCGCAGGUGGUCUGCUGCUCGGCUACAAUCCAAAACCCAGAGGCACAUUUCCGUCAGCUGAUACCUGCUCUUCCACGGCAGCCAAUGUCUCUCUCGAGGGAGCGCGCAGAUGCCACUAGAGAGGAAGAAAUGGGGCCACCCAACUUGCAUUUCUUUCGACAGCGGCCUCUAAAAGUGAUCACCGAAGAUGGCGCUCCAUCAGUAGAGAAAUUAUUCUGCAUCUGGAACCCAGAGAUGGCGAAAAUGAGCUGUUCGAUCAACUCACAGCAGGGGAAGAGCCCGUCACAAACUGCUGUAGUCUCCAAGUCUGCUACUGCGAUUUACCAAGGAUCUCGCAUCCUGGCUCGCUUGGUAGAAGCAGAAAUUGCGACGCUGCUCUUCUGUCGAGGCAGGAAACUUACCGAACUAGUGCUCAUGAACGUCCACUCGGCGCUGAAAUCUGAUCCCAGGACGCAGAAUCUGCUUCGACGCGUUAGUUCCUAUCGCGGAGGGUACACGCUUGAAGCCAGGCGACGGAUCGAGCAGCGGUUGUUUCGUGGCGAUUUGCUCGGUGUGGUGGCGACGAAUGCUCUGGAACUAGGUAUCGACAUCGGCGAGUUGGAUUGCACGAUCCACCUUGGCCUUCCAUCCAGCAUUGCGUCCUUGUGGCAACAAGCAGGACGUGCAGGUCGACGACAGCAGCAGUCCAGGCAAAGCCAGUCCGUCGCCCUCAUUGUGUGCUUCGACGCGCCUUUGGACCAGCAUUUUGCGCAGAAACAACACGCCGUGGAGCUCUUCCAACUCGAGCCAGAAGCUGUUAGCUUGAACCCCAUGAAUCCCCGUAUCCUCGGACAGCACUUGUUGUGUGCUGCUCGCGAGUCAGCCUUGUAUUCCUCCCAGUCCGGAACAGAUUAUAUCGACUCAUUCAAAAAGCUGAUGCAAAUUUCUGAGACUGGUGGACACCUGAGCUAUCGAGUUCAUUCGUGCAUGCCCAAGAAGUUUCGUGCGGUGAGCUUACGCAGCAUCUGUGAAGAAAACUACACGGUAGUGGCUACAAACAGCGAUGCCGUUAACGAAGCGGCUGACGGGGAAGUGUUGGACGAAAUCCCGGGAGAUAAAGCGUUCUUCCAAGUGUACCCCACAGCUGUUUACCUCCAUCAAGCCCAAGAAUACUUGAUAACCCGCUUGGACAAUACCCAGCGCAUCGCCUUCGCGAAAAAGUGUAACCAGCCACUGGCCUACUUCACAACUUGCCGGGAUUUCACUGACCUGGAAGUUAAGCCGAAGAGCGAGUCCGUUCUGGUUCGAGUUGGCACCGUCUCCAUUCUGACGCGAGUUAUUGGAUCCACGAUGCUGGAAAAGCGGACGAUGAGAUGGUUGGGAACCCACGACUUCUCGCUACCACACAUGCGGUCUUUUGGGGAAGCUGCAUGGCUCGAAUUCCCAGUCACACUACGAAGGCAAUUCGAAGCGAGAGGCGGACGGUCGUGGACUGCAGCUUUGCAUGGAGUCGGUCACCUGUUCGUCGCGCUUGUGCGUCUCUUCAUCCUUUGUGACACUGAAGAUGUUGGUACUGAGCACGUGAAUGAAUUCGAAAAGCGCGUCAAACCGAACCGAGUCACAAUCUUCGAGCGACGAGAAGGGGGAAGCGGAUUGGUACCUGAAAUCGUCAAAGUGCUGCCAAAGCUGAUUGAAAAGGCUCGGACGAUUGCAAGCGAGUGUUUGUGCUCCGAUGGCUGCCCGGCUUGUAUCCAAUCCUCUGGAUGCUCCGAGUAUAACCACGUGCUGGACAAGCAGGGUAGUCUUCAGGUGCUUGACUAUCUCCACAGUGUAGCUGGAAAUUAA